UGAAAAGAAUAAAAAUUGUAGCACUUCUUGCAAUGAGGAGGAAUCGAACCCACGUCCUCUGGCUUCCCAAGUACAAACAAUGAAACAAACCACUGAGCUACUCUUCCGAUGCUAUGUAAUCUUUGAUUCUUUUCAUCUUGUACACUAUUGCUGGGAGACAUAAGAAUCCCAACGCACAUCUGGCAAGGACCGACGCCGCUGCCCUUUCCCCAUCGCGGCUGCUGGACCCGACGCCGCCGCCACCGCCCUUUCCCCAUCGCGCCAGAUGGACCCGACGCCGCCGCCCUUUCCCAUUGCUCCUGCUGGAGCCCGACGACGCAGGCUGUAGCCCCACCCUGUCCCCAACGUAGCGCCCGGCUGUUGGAGCUCGACGCUGUCGCCCUUCGCCCAACGCGGCUGCUGGAGCCCGGCACCGCCGGCUGGAUCCCAAGCCCCACCCCGUCCCCAGGAGCUCGAUGCCAGCUUGCUGCAGCUCCAGGACGCCGGGCUUCAUGGGCACAACUGCUGGGAACGCCCCCAAGAGCCCGACGCCGACGACAGUAGCCCGCCCCCGCCUCUAGGAUCUCGACGGCUGGGCCGGCUGGCUGCAGAUCCUGGCCGCCGGGCUUCACGGGCUCAACCGCUAGGAAGCCCCCAAGAGCUCUAGCCUGGGAUCACUUCAGACGGCGGGUGAGGUCGACCAGAGACUGCCCCAUCCCCUUCAAUUAGGAAGAAAGAUGGAAAGAACUUGGAUGAAUUGUAAGUUGUUUAGCAAGGAGCAUCCGGAGGGGGUCACCGAGUUCAUGGACUUUGUUUCUAAAAAUUUGAGUGGCAGUCAGAAGAUAUUAUGCCCAUGUCGUAAGUGUUUGAAUGGUUACAUCAAUAUAAAGGACGUGUGGAGGAUGACUUACUUAUGUACGGGAUGUCUAACACAUACACUCGGUGGAUACAUCAUGGAGAACCAUUGGUCAUGGUCACUGAAAAUGUUGAGCAUUUGAAUGAAGAUGUUAGCUGCAAUGUUGAAUUUGAGACGAAUGAGCCUCAGGAUGACCCAGAAGAUGAUCAAAUGUACCGUAUGGUACAGGAUCUGUACCCAGAUCAAAAUCAUGGACCAAGAACGAAGUCAAAGUUUGCCACCAUAUUAGAAGAGAUGAAACAGGUGCUACACCCCGGUGGUCCCUAUACUAGGUUUUCUUUUGUGGUGAAGUUGCUCCACAUCAAGUCAUUUUACAGAAUCAGCAAUGUUGCAUUCAGUGCUUUUUUGGACCUUUUAAGUUCAGCAUUUCCAAAUUGUUCUCUCCCUGCAUCCUAUGCUGAAGCGAAGAAUUUUAUUCGUGCAUUAGGACUUGGAUAUGAGUCAAUACAUGUGUGUCCGAAUAACUGUGUUCUUUUCCGAAAGGAGUUGGCUAAAAUGGAUGCAUGCCCAAUAUGUGGUGCUUCAAGAUGGAGGGAUGCAGAUAGCCGAAGGCAGAUUCCAGAAAAGGUUCUAAGGCAUUUUCCUUUGAGAGGUGAAAUCCCAAUAAUAUUGUGCAAGCUUGAGAAGAUUUUCCCGCCUGCCUUUUUUGAUGUGAUGGUGCACUUGUGCAUUCAUUUAAUUGAUGAUGCAAUCCUAAGAGUUCCAGUUCAAUAUGGAUGGAUGUACCCUGUAGAGCGUAGGUUGUUGACCUUGAAACGCUUUGUGAGGAAGAUGGCAAGGCCUGAGGGCUCCAUUGCAGAGGCAUAUGUCGCAAAUGAGUGCUUGACUGCUUGCUCAAGGUAUUUUGCUGAUGUUGACACUAGGCACAAUCGUGAUGGUAGGAACAAAGAGCGUGUUCCUAUGAGUAGAUGUGGUUUAUCUAUUUUCCAGCAUGGGGCAAAUCUGUUGGGGGCGCCUCCCGGCCACAUCGAGUGGAGAAUGGAGAUACAUAAUAAGAAUAUAGAACAUAGUACCUACAUAGUAGAUUUCGACUAACAGCCCCAUCGAUUACUAAAAAGAAUAAGUGAAAACCAAAAUUUAGUUUU